AUGGUUUCCAAGACGAGGAGGCAGCGACAGCGGCGGAAGGCGGUACUUGAGGCGAACGAUGGUGUUCUUCCGCCGGUUUUACCGGCAGUGCCCAAGUCGGUGCAUCUGAAGAAAACGCGGCCCAAGAUGAAGAGCAAAAUGAAGAUUCGUCUUGGCCACGAAAGUCGUGUUGACAUUUACGAGGGGUUUGAGGAUCACAAAGGUGUUUUGUGGAACUGCCCGAAUUGUCAGCGGGAGUGCCGUGUGGUUGGAUUCUGCGUCGAUUGUGCCACUGGCACAAGAUCAAAAACACACACAGGGGUAUUGAUGGCGCGCCACAAGAAUGGGAAGAAGUCGACAAUGGCGUUGGCGGUAAGGAAACCGAAGAAGCUGAAGCUUAGUAAAAAAACGAAGUGA